GCGCGGCCUAACGUGUGCUGAGUGACUUUCCCGUUCGCAUAAAAAACCGCGGGAAACUUCUAGAAAUCUUGCACAUUUCGACGCGAUAACGAUAGUUUGUAAACAGUUAUGUGUUCAAAAAACGGUUAAGGAAAUUUCGAACUUGGAACGUUUGGUAAAAUUUACGAAUAUAGUGCGCGUGAGUUUUCCUCGGGCGUCUCGCUUCCUGCUACCCUUCUUUCCUCUUCUGACUUAGCUUUUCGAGUUCCUUUAAUUUUUACUGCGAAAGUUUAAUAUUUGCAUCAGUGCAGUGAAAACCAGUGUCAAUAACCGAGUGAAUAGUAAAGCGGUUGUACAGUUGAUUGUCGUUGGUAUACUAUGGGUAUAAUCUGGAGGUCCACAAUGCCAUUGUUGAGCACGCUGGCGGCCUUGGUGAUCAUCGUGCACUCCGCGGAGGAGGAGAUGAACCGAGGGCACAGGAGGGACCUGCGCCCUAGAGCCGUGGACACGGACAGUUAUGAACAGCCUUGGAAGGCGAUAGACCACCCACCACCCCAACCACCAGAAACAGUGCACCAGCCAACCCGCGCUGAAGGCUGGAUCGAAUCUCUCGAGUUCUUAAGGUCGGUAGAAGAGGUGCCGCCACGGCGCAGACCUGUUCGGAAACGGAAACGCCGGCCGCUGCCUUAUCCAGACACGGAACCGCUCGAAAGGCACCAAGAAAACAUACAAGCCGCGCUAACUGAGUUCCACGAUCAAACAAUUGAUGUCCCGAAGAGAAGACGCAAAAGACCAGCUCACAUCAACUCCCACUUCACAGAAACACCAGCACUAGCCGACGAUAAGCCGCUACGAAGAAAGGGCUUAAGAAAGAAACGUCCUGACUACGAUGAACAGUUAGCUGAACCCAGUCAAGAUGAUUUUGACUUUGAGACAGUCGAUACCAAACACGGUCAUGCUCAACCAUAUUCUAAAUAUAAGCAAUUCGAUUACGACUAUUUACACGCAGAACAUGAGACGGAUCUCCGUCUCCCACAAACAAAAGCACGCUUAGAAAUGAAUGUGACUGAUCGACCUUCCAAUGUGAGAAAUGAAUAUGAAACGUAUUAUAAUAGGCCAAACGGUUCUAAAAAAAAAAACCAACAUAGUAUUGGAGCACCUGUAUCUAUAUCAUCAGUCGAAGAUUAUCUUGAUGUACAUACAAGAGAACACAGUACAGAAAAUGCUACAUCUAAUCCAGAAAAUAAUUCAGGCGUUGCGAUAAACAGACCAAAGGAAAGUGAAGCGAUUGACCCGAUUAUGCUGAAACAAAUUUUGAAGAGAUCAAAUGGAUCUAGUUUGAGCGAAUUGUUGCAACGACACAAUUUGUCACUGACAGAUUUGUUGCAAGGCAGAAAUGAAGCAAUCUCAGCACUAAAUGAUGGCACUACAGACGAGCCUCAACAGUCUACUGAUAUUUCGUUGGAAAGUAGUUCCAAUCUCGAUGAAGAAGAAACCAAAUAUCCUACAAGAAGACAAACAUCGUCAAAUGAAAAAAUUGCACCGACAGAGUCAAGUUCAGAAGAAGAUACAAAGGGACAUAAAAGUAAUGGAAACACUGAAAAUGAUGAAACAGUUGCUAGUAAGGACGCAACUGAAACAAAAGAACAAGAAUCAAAGCCAAGAAUUAGUACCAAACGACGUUUUCCUACCGGUAUUCGCAGAAAGCUAAGAAUGAGGCCAACAUUAAAUAGUACCCUUAAAGCUCAGUUAAGCAGAGAUUUAAUAGCCUUAAGUGCAAGAAAGUACUCAAAUAAUAACAAGAACGUUACUAAAUCUAGAGAAUGGAAAGAUAUAGUUCCUAUGAUGCCUGACCGAAGUAAUUCUGAUAAUAAUGAAGACAAUAAUGACGAACUUACGGAAACCAUACCAACAACUACGGAUGGUCCUGUUGAUACAACGACAUCUAGUUUGAAGAUUUCUAAUUCAUCCUAUUCACUUUCUGGCGGAAAAAACGUUGGCAACGUGAAGGAUAACGAAGUUGAAACCGUCGCAACAACUACCACAGAAGCAACUACAACAAUUACCAUAGAAGUUAUGCCUGACGAAAUAAUGAGCGAAAUCGAAAAACCAAAGAGUACACCAAUCAUGAGGCCUACUGCCAACAACUCAACGCUCAGACGCCAAGCGUUCAACAACAGAUUAAAACGAAAACGUCUCAAACAAAAAAGUUCUACAACAGAAAAUCCGUCGGACGAUUUGAUGAGGAAUUUCCUUGGAAUAGCGAAUUUGGUAUCAGCUUCACAAUUUAUAGAAAGGACUCAGAAACCACAUACGACUCUCAAAAUGGAUAAUACGGAGUUUGCGACGGAAUUAGAAGAUUUCCUGACAACAGAGACGCCGCCGGCAACUGUUGAAGGCGGAGUAAAAUCUACUUCGAGAUUUACGACUUCAACCACGCCUAGAAUUCUCGCACAGACAAGUAGUACAAGCAUUACGGAACCAACAGCGAAAUUUGAAAUUCAGGAAAUAUUAAAUGAUAAAAUGACCAAAGAAAGACUAGCAAAAAUACUACGAGAGCGAAACAUGACUCUAAACGAGUUAGUGAAUCAUAGAGAGCGAGGCUCAAGCCACGUGCACCUAGCCGACAUAUUCCACAACGCCUCCAAAGAACCCAACCCUCCUGAACCAUUCUUAACAAAAUCUUCUAUUGAACCUAUAUCGAAGGAAACGUAUCCACUGCGCGCCAUCUUAGAAGCCAACACUUACGAGACAACAACUAGAUCAGUAUCGUCGCAGGCAGAACAAAAGAAUAUACAAAUUCCAGUGGUUAUGAACUUUGGGAAUAAUGUCAAUGAAAAUGGAGAAAGCAUGGGUAUCAUAUCGUUAUUCAACAAAAUAGCUGAAAAUGAAGAAACUAUAGAUAACACUGAAAUAAGAAAGGAUUCAGACGGAACGCCGUACGUAAGCUCGAUUAUUAGUGUGAAUGCCACGAACGCUAACGAUACAAAUAGGGAAAGCAGGGCUAUGGGAGACAAUGAAGAUUGGAAUGAACUACUGUCUUUUAUGAAGGCGCACAACAUUAGUACAUUUGAGGAGGACUUACGGGUCCUGAUAAAAGGACACAAGGAAAAGGAAUCUCUAGAAAACUUGGAUGAAGAAGCUUCGAUGAUCUUAGAAGACCUUCGGAACCUCGAAAACUUCCAAAGUGGCGUAUCAUCCGGUUCAGGCGAAAAUGUAGAAAUAAACAUACAGGAAACAAGAGAAAAUUUAUCACAAAAUCCAGGUAUUCUUAAUAAGUUACCAAACAAUUCAAAUUCAGUGGCUAUUGCUACAGCCAGUAUACUCGGUCUGGUUGCAAUACUCUUCUUAUUAACUUAUAUAACGUUUAAAUGGAAACAGCAAAGAAAUAAAUUGAGAAAGAAGGAAAGUUUUUGCGAUGGACCGAUUCCUACGCCAGUUUUUGAGAACAGAAAAAGUAAUAGAACUAACUGCAGUAGCCGAAGUAUUAGUCCAAUGAUUUCUAAUACUAAUAUUUAUAUGAGCACUAUAGAUACUAAGAGCGGGAAGGAAUCGCCUGACUAUAUGUGGAACUCCCUGAGAAAACCAUUCCAGUAACGUUUUCUAAUAAGCAUAGACUGAAAUUAGUGAGGGAAGUAGUGUCAACCAAUGUAUGGGACGUGCAAAUUCUGGUAUCGGAUGAAUUCACUUGGCACAGAUGUAGUAUACGUAAAGCUAAGCCAAUCCAGCCCGGUAGCCAUCAGCCACCCCCUGGUGGGUAAGCGGGGGGGCAUCCAAAGUUACACGCCGCAUAUCGGCUUCUAUUUACCUACCACCUCGAGUUUGGUAUUAUUUCCAGAAAAAUCGGGCAUGAGAAAUUAAUUUUUGAGACAUAUAAUGUACAGUUUAACAGAAAAAAGAAAUAUUGACGAACAAAUCAAAAUCGGUUUGCUAUUUUUAGGGUUCCGUACCCAAAGGGUAAAACGGGACCCUAUUACUAA